CCAGGGGUUAAAAAGGGUAGGGAGACAGUGUAGAGCUCCCAAAGCAAUCUGCAAUGGCGUCUGCGAGACUUAGCUUCUCCUCAUGGACACCAAUAGCAGUAACCGCUCAUAAGCAAAAUUCUAAAGUAGCUCUUCUUUCCAAGAGCAGUCUCAACUUCAUCCCUUCUGCCUCAUUUCUUCCUUCCGACAGACUCAUCUUCUGCCCUCCCCUGUCUUCUCCUGUAAUAUCUCGGAACUCCACCUUUUCGUUCGUAACCAAAUCCUCCGAAACUGAAGCAAUCGUCGUUGAAGCUGAACCGGAAUCUGAGCCAGCCCAACUCGUAGAAACGCUGACAGAAGUUCCCAAACGUGAAGAGAUUUUUGCUGUUGUCAUGGUUGGGUCUCGUCAAUAUAUUGUUCACCCUGGACGGUUCAUCUAUACACAAAGGCUUAAAGGUGCCAGUGUGAACGAUAAGAUAAUCUUGAACAAGGUUUUACUGGUAGGCACCAAAACAAGUACAUACAUUGGGAAACCAGUGGUGCCCAAUGCUGCUGUACAUGCAGUGGUUGAGGAACAGUUGUUGGACCGCAAAGUAAUUGUCUUCAAGUACAAGAAGAAAAAGAACUAUCGGAGGAAUAUUGGUCACAGACAGCCAAUCACAAGGAUAAGGAUAACAGGCAUCACUGGUUAUCAAGACUCACCAGCUGUUACACUGGAGACAUAGAGUGGGAUAUGGACAUUUGGUUAGGGAAGAAAUUGUUUUAGGUUGUUGUAAAUGUGGUUUCUUUCAGUGAUGUAAGAGUUUUUUGUAUUCAAAUUUCUUGGAUAAACUCUAUAGUGAUUUUUGGC